AUGGCGUCUGCUCUCACCGUCCUCCUCCUCGGUUUCUGGCUGGCCGGGCGGAGCGGGGUGUUCGGAGAGGGGUCCUACCCCAAACCCUCCAUCUCCGUCCGCCCCAGUGGGGUGAUCCCCUUGGGGGGAAACGUCACCAUCUGGUGUCGGCAUCAGCUCCUGGACAUGAGGAUCCAACUCUACAAGGCUGGAGCUGGGAACUAUCUGACUUACACAGACCCUGCCGACUCUGAGGCUGAAUUUCCCAUCACCAGCGCCAGACGGGAACACGGGGGCAGCUACACCUGUCGUUAUAGCAACAGAACAGACCCACCUGCCUACUCGGAGCCCAGCGACCCUGUGCAGAUCAUUGUAGCAGGUGAGGGGCCCAGCCCGGCACCUCGGCUCCCAGCCCCACCCCCAGCUAGAUCCCCGGGGGCUCGCACCGAUGGGCCACUCAGAAGCUUACCCAGACCCUCCAUCUCCCUGAUCCUCACUUCGGUCAACGCCUCAGGGGCAGAUGCCACCAUCCGGUGUCAGGGGCAGCACCGGGACGUGAGGUUCUUCCUGCACAAGGCUGGAGACCUGAACUCGCAGCGACACAUGGACCCUGCUGGGGCCGGGGCCGAGUUCCGCAUCCCCAGCGUGGGCCGGCAGCACGGAGGGAGCUACAGCUGCAGCUACCGGCCCCGGUCAGAGCCCUUCGUCUCCUCGCAGCCCAGCGACCCUGUGCAGCUGGUGGUAGCAGGUGGCUCAGAAUUCCUGUCACCUCCGGGUCUGACCAGCCCCAUCAUCACCGGGGCGAGCGCGGCAGCCGCCGGCCUCCUCCUGCUUCUCCUCCUCGUGGCCUUCAUCUGCUUCAGAAAAACCCGAGCCAGAAAACGAGGCGCACGGAGACUGAGCAGGUAG